AUUGUAAAUAUUUACAGAAAAUGGAAAAUCUGCCCACAACAUUUGAAGAAUUUUUGAAAUUUCAAAAUGUGACUCAUUGGCCAGAGAUGCUGCCUGAUGAAGACGAGUUUAAUAUGAAAAUUCAGCCUGAAGUAUUAGUUUCGUAUGAAUCAGUGUCACAAUAUAUUUAUGAAAAUGCACCUUUUCGGGUGGAGUUUCUCACUGACAUGGGGCAACAAAUCGAUGCGUUUAAAUCACGCUUAGAAAAAUAUUCUUCAAAAAUCCUGCCAGAUGAGCCCAGGAAAUACAAGAACAAAGAACAUCUUUUCUAUCUACCAUCAGAGACUUUUAUUGAACAAAUGAUGGACUCUGAUGCAUUAAUAACACAUCCCAGUAGAAAGUAUUCAAAACAACCGGAUCGCUCACAGAGGAUCAUGGAUGUGGAGUCUCAACCAUUUACAGGCUUCAAAUCACACAUGUUCACAAAACUUCCUGGACAACUGGAGGCUAAGCAGUUGCUAAAUUGGAUUAGAAGGAUACGGAGUUUUCAUCUUGGAUUUCAAACUACUUGGAGGAAGUUGAUCCUGUCAGAACCAUCUGCUGCCAUUGUUCAAGAUGUGUUUUGGUGGUUCUUCCUUCACAAAUUUAAGCCCUGCAAAGAAGAUGAAGAUCACCUCUUUAGCAGAAUUGCUGAUAGCUUUGUGACACUUUUCAUGAUUUCCCCAGUUGAGGUGCUGGAUAACUUAAUCCAGGUGUAUCCUGAUUGCAUAGCUCAAGCUGUCUAUGCAGCUUUCUAUAAAUCAUUCCCUGAAUCGCAUAACAAGUUUGGUGAAGAAUUUAAGAAUGAGCUAACUGAACUCAUCGCGUUGUGGAUGACAGGGAUAAUGCCACUUGAAGCUUCCUGGAAAAACUGGGAUAUGCAAUGGCUAGAAAAUACAAUGAGCAGGAGAGGUUCUGAAAGAGAAGAAAGCAUACUGACAGAUAUAAAUGUCGAAUCAAGUAGGUUACUCUUCCUCUAUUGUAUGUUGUUAUAUGUAUAACAUUCCGCAUGUAAAAAGGGUAAAAAAAA